GGCAAUUAAAAAUUUUCUGUCUCUACAGGGUGUUACCAAGGUCUUUAGCACUGCCUAUCACUAUGUCCACAGCAGGGAGCACAUCCUGCAUGUUGUGAUUACUGGCAUCAGUUGGCUCUACAACAUGAUACCAGGCAUUACUGCCAUCACUACGUACUUCAUUGAGCCUUGCCCAGAGCAGGGUUCAGACUAUGUUUUACGCAAUAUGAUGGUCACAGGGCCCCUGGGUCUAACAGAAAUCCACAAAAAUCCCCCUACCAUCUUCAGGAAGACAUGUAUCUUCAGAGAUUUCGUCUUUAAGUGUACAGACAGUUCAGAAGUUGUUUUGGCCUCUGUCUGUGGAGAAAACCACAUUGUAAUUCCACUUCGUGAAAGAACAGGAGAGGCUUUGGGAGCUCUCGAUUUUAACAUUGGCAAGAGUAAGAUGUUGUUUUAUCGAGAAUUUAAAGAUCUACAGAAAAUGAUAAAGGUGACCCAAGCUGCCUGCUAUGAAAUACUGGAUGAAUUAUCUGGAGAAAUAAAGAAACAUCGUGUCUUAGAGAUUGAAAAUGCAGGAGAAGUCCAGCGGGCAGGAGUUCUCUUCUUCCGAAUCAUGCUGCAAGAGCUGCAGGAAAGCCUUCAGAGGCUAACCGCCAUGAACUUUGUAUCACUGUUGCUCUAUGAGAGCAGUCCUCUAGCACAGUCAAACUCUCUGCCAGACAGCGAGUCCCAAGACUGGGAAGCCAAUGCAAAACUAAUACGUGACAUCCUAACAGGGGUUAUCUUGUUCAUUCAUCCAGAGUUGGAAUUAUCAAGUGACUUAGAAAAUUGGGAUAAAUGUAAACUGUACCUUAACAGGCACUUAGUUGAGAAUAUCUGUGCCUUUGAUCCAACUGCUAAGAAUGUGGAAGUUAAUUUAAAGCUCAUUGGUGAAUGUAUCAGAGGUCAUUCCCGAAUGGAAGUAUGGAAAUUUGGUAAUAUUGUCAUGGAGUACCUAUACCACUGGUCACACAUCUGUGUAGCUCUCACAGAACUAAACAAAAAACGAAACAGUGCUAUUACACCCCCAUUGCCCUCCAAGACUGACUCCUGUGUGUAUGCAAAAAUGCCAGGUGGAAGCUUGCUAGGUAAUGAAGUAAAGAAGAGACCAAAGACUUAGGGGAAAAUGGCAGUUUUUACAUCAAAAGAGUACCAAAUAAUAAAGAUUUUAAGAAACA